CGACAAGAUCCACUUGGCGAUGUCUCUAUUGAUGCUUCCAACGCCACUCGCCGGAACAAGGCGGUCGAGACACGACGUACACAAAACUAAUGGUUCUGUGUUACCAUAUUGCUCACAAGAAUAGUGACGAGGGCAAGACUCUCCUCAUGAUCAAGACGAGAGACAACUCCACUCCACUUGUCUAGAGAACUUCUCUAUGUUCCCAGAGGUACCAGAGUGAUCAUUUAAGGGCUGAAGUAUCCUUGUGUGAAAUGAACAUCACACGCGACAAAACAUUCAAAAAAACCAUCAGCAUGCCUCUCAAUCUCCCAGAAAACAUCGACGCCCCUGUGUUGUCGCAAUUCUCCCUGGCUGGCAAGACUGCCAUCGUCACUGGAGGAUCUCGAGGUAUCGGCCAACAGGUUGUUACCGCUCUCGCCGAAGCUGGAGCAGAUGUUGCCUUUAUCUACCACACCAGCACUACUGCCGACGCCUUGGCGGCUGAAAUCGCGGACAAGACAGGUCGUAGGGUCCAGGCCUUUAAGUCAGAUGUAACCCACAGAGUGGCAAUUGCCAACAUUAUUGAAGAGAUUGUCUCAACCUUUGGCAAUGGGCGCUUGGACAUCAUGGUCGCGAACGCUGGCGUGUGUCAGAAUGUGAACUCACUCGAUUAUACUGAAGAAACAUGGGAUUACAUUAACAAAGUCAACUACGACGGUGUAAUGUGGACUGCAAUUCCAGCCGGCAAGAUUUUCAAGAAGCAGGGAAGAGGAAGUCUCAUCAUCACAGCAUCCGUCAGUGCGGGCCUGGUCAAUAUACCACAGACCCAGGCUGCCUACAACGCUUCCAAGGCCGGAGCUUUGUUGCUCGCCAAGUCUCUAGCUGUCGAGUGGGCAGAUUUUGCUCGCGUCAACUGUGUCUCACCAGGCUAUGUUCACACAGAAAUGAUUACCAAACAACCCAAAGAGUUGAUGUCUAAAUGGUUGAGCCAGGUACCAGGUGGUCGAACAUGCCAACCUCAGGAGCUGAAAGGCUUGUACACUUUUCUCGCUAGCGACGCAUCGACGUAUAUGACUGGGUCCAACGUCAUCAUUGAUGGAGGCUUUACGCUACCCUAGGACAACCAUGCCGAUGGAGAAAUAGACAAGAAUUUCCCGUAGAAUAUAAGCAUAGUAGAAAGGAAAAAAUAUGCAUUUAUCUUUGUUUUCUUUUUUGAGAAGAACCUGAU